GUUACUCUCUCGUCGAAUGUAUAUAUAAUAUACAUCUCAUACGCUCUCUACUAAAUCUGAUCCUUAUGGCUUUUCCUUGGCCUCUCUCCUUCUCUGUUCAACUGCUCUUUGUUUACACUUUCUCAUUGCAUGCACUAUCUGCAACGGUCACACAACGGGUGGGACCCACCGGUAAUCGUGUGAUCACCGUCGAUGUCAACGGAGGAGGGAACUUCCGGUCGGUCCAAGCCGCCGUUGAUGCUGUCCCAGACAACAAUAGAGUGAACGUCACUAUUCAAAUCAGCGCCGGAUACUACAUAGAGAAAGUGGUCGUGCCGGCGACCAAGCCGUACAUUACGUUUCAAGGAGCUGGGAGGGAGAAGACGGUGAUAGAAUGGCAUGAUCGAGCCAGUGAUCUCGGACCCAGUGGACAACAAUUACGUACUUACAGAACAGCUUCUGUGACUGUUUUUGCCAACUUUUUCUCUGCGAGGAACAUCAGCUUCAAGAAUACAGCGCCGGCACCGAUGCCGGGAAUGGAGGGGUGGCAAGCGGCGUCUUUAGGAUAUCAGGGGACAAAGCGUACAUGUUGGGAUGUG